CCACCCCUAUUCCCGCCCAUGGAUGGAACAGGCGGGCUUCAUUCUGCUUUCGCUGAGCGCAGGGGAGAGAGGUACCAUUCUUUUUGCGGGGGCGAAGUUGGAGCAGACCUCUAAAUUGUGAAUCCCUCCCUUAGAAGCCAUGGGCAGGCCUAGGAAAGCUUCUGCUGAUGUCUCGUCCCCACGACCUGCUGCCACAGCGCCCAAAGUAGCCCCAUCUGCUCCUCCGUCUUCUGCUUCCUCCAAAUCAAGUUCUGCAAACCGGGGAGCUAAGGCCACCUCAGCUGCCAAAAGCGAAGGUGUCAGACAAGGGGGAAAGCAAGCGUGUACCCCAAGUCUCAGAGGAGCAGACCAAACAAGAUCCACAACUACAUACGAUGGGGAGCAAGGAGAUGGGUGGAGUGGCCGUGCAACAAGAGCCAAGACCUCCACGGCUGCUGGAGGAACCAGGUCUUCUGCCAAAUCUGCUGGUAGCACUCCGCAGGCAGCUCCAAAAUCCCAAGGCAAAUCUGCUCAAACUCAAGGCAAAUCAGUUCACCUGCCAACUCCGCUCCCUACAGAGAAGGUGGCUGAAAUAGAGAGGGAGACUCGUGGUCAGCGGACCAACCCAGAAUGGUACCAGUGGAGGGAGAACCGCAUCACGGCCUCCGUGGCUCCCAAAAUCGCCAACAGCAAGUUUGCCAAUGGACGGACCUCCGAGGUGCCUCAGUCUUACCUGAAAGAUGUGACGCGGUCGGGCCCCCGGGUUCAGACUCCGGCCAUGUCUUGGGGGAUCCGGAACGAGAAGAAAGCCGUCGAGUCCUACGAAGCCCUCAAGUCCCGCGAGAGCCGCCUGGCCGUGAAAGUGGAUGACUGCGGCCUCUACAUCGACAAAGAGAAGCCCUGGCUGGCAGCCAGCCCCGAUGGGAUUGCCAAGGAAGCCAAAACCGGCAAGGAGAUUGGGAUUGUGGAGGUCAAGUGCCCUUACAAGCACAGAGAUAAGACGGUGACGGAGGCCUGCAAGGACAAAGCCUUCUGCCUGGAGAAGAAGGGGGAUUCCUACGCGCUGAAAAAGACGCAUCCCUAUUACACCCAGGUGCAGUGCCAGAUGGGAGUCACUGGCCUUGACAAAGCAGACCUUGUGGUUUACACCAACAAGGAGACUGCAAUUGCCCCGGUCGAUUUCGAUCCAGCUUUCUGGGAGAAUACGGUUCCCAAACUGGAGAAGUUCUACACCGAGGCCGUCAUCCCUCAUGUGCAGGAGGAGAAAAGUGUUGCGGCAUGGGCUAAAGAAGAGUAAAGCUGCCGAGAGAUCCCAGAGCUUGGAAAUGGUUAUUUGUUUGGAUUGUGACUCCCAAAAAUACUGGGCAGUGUAGUUCAAAAUGUAAUUUUCCUAAGCUUUGAGGAAUCUGUAGCUCCUCUCUGUUUACAAGAGAAGCCUUCAGCCUUGAAACUGAACUUUGAUACCUUAACCUAGCAGUAUGAAAAGCUGAUCGCCUUUUGUGCCUUAAUAGAUGUCUUUGCAAAUAGUUCGAGAAAGCCUCCUGUAUUGCCACCAUUUUCACUUGCUUGACUAUCGGAUUUGCAAGGAAAUUACAUUAGAUAAUUGGUGACUGGGUUUAUGCUUUGUCCAUGGUGAAUAUGUCCAUUGCACUUGUUGUGUCUGGACGAGGCAAAAGUUUCUGUAGUUGCCUUUCUGCUUAUCUGGUGGCAAAAAUUUCCUCCCAAAUUUAAAAUUCUUGCUAUUGCCAAAGGGAAAAAAAAGCAAUUAUAUGAUGUAUUCUUAUCUGGUGGCAAAAGUUUCCUCCCAAGUUUAAAAUUCUUGCUAUUGCCAAAAAAAUAAAAUUAAAAUAAAAUUAAAAAAAGGAAACGUAUGAUGUAUUCUUAUCUGGUGGCAAAAGUUUCCUCCCAAGUUUAAAAUUCUUGCUAUUGUCCAAAAAAGAACAAAUGUUUGAUAUAUAACUGUAGAUAUUGCAUACUGAAUAGGGUGAGAUAAUUCCUUUUUCACAUUGUAUACAUUUGAAUAGUUAUUUCUGAUGCUUUGAUAUUGUCUAAGAGGGUGAUACACGCCCAUUUGAGUACAGGAGAACCGCCAUCUUGCCUUUGAAGCUCAAUAAGCCUAAGCAUCCAUUUUUUCAUAUUUACCAAACCAGAUUUAAAGAAUUUGCAGUUUUUUGAUCCAGAGCUUAGUUUUGAGUUGCUCUGGAAAUGGGAUGCAGCUGAGCUGACAGGUUAACUUGUGGAGGACUGUUGUAUUUUUCCAUGGCUCCUGUUGUACAAAAUGAAGCAAAUAUCCCAAUAAAAAUAUUUACUUUAGGCAA